AUGGCAGAAGCUCCGAAUACCACAAAGGCUGCCACAGAGGCAUUGAUCGCCAAAUACCAAGUCAGCAAGCUACUAAAGCAAGGCACAAUUGACGACCAGCAGGGCAUCCUUACAGCCGAGAGAACCGCCUUCUCUACAGAAUCCCUCUCAGUCAUCAAAGCCUUCCACGCGGCAAUCUCAAAGGUCAACAACCUCGGCGAUAAUGACAUUUACCGCUGGUACCUCGCAUCCUCCACCGGGCCUAGCACAGAAGGCUCAGAUAUUCAACAAGACCUCAAGCUCAACCUUAUUUGGCCAUGCACGGCGCAACACAUCAAGAAAUACUCCGACCAGCAGCUCCGCAUGGUCACCGAGACGCCGGAGAUCUACGCGCAGCAAGUACGACCUUUCAUGCAAGCUAAGCGCGAAGAGGGCCGUCUGAACUGGGUAUUCAAUAUUCUGGAGGGUCGGACUGAGCAGGAGGAUGUUAUUAUGCGGGAUGAUGGGCACGGUCCUGAAGAUGCGUUCUUGAUGCUCCCCGAUCUGAACUGGGACCGGAAGACCAUGAGCUCGUUGCAUCUACUAGCUUUGGUGCAUAGACGAGAUAUCUGGAGUCUGAGGGACUUGAAGAAGAAGCACGUGCCUUGGUUGAAGUAUUUGAGACAAAGGGUACUUGAAGCGACGGUGUCGAUGUAUCCCGAUUUGGAGCAGGAUCACCUGAAGCUCUAUGUUCAUUAUCAACCCACUUACUACCAUUUCCAUAUUCAUGUUGUUAAUGUCAUGUUGGAGGCUGGGGCCACUCAGGCUACAGGCAAGGCCUUUGGCUUGGAGAACCUCAUCUCUCAGCUGGAGACUAUGACUGGUGGAGAUGAUGCUAGUCUGGCGGACGUGAGCUUGACUUACUACCUCGGCGAGGCAAGUGAGCUGUGGACGGAAAUUUUUGCGCCGUUGAAGCAGGGGAACAAGCCAGCAAGCCAGUAA